AUGCCGAAUAAAGGUGUAGAACUGAAUCGUAGUAGUCACUCAAUGGAUAAUAAGGUGGUUGCACCUGUACCCCAAUAUGGUGCUGCUAACAAAGUGGUUCCUGGUGCUACAAAGGUGCCUGUUGUGAAGAGCGUAAAAGACGCGGCCAUGUCUCCGGGAGCCCCAACUAGUGGUGAUGUAGAGCGCACAGAACUGUUAGGCUCACUGACCACACAACAACAACAGAGGACUAGCGCCAGGGUGAUCAAGAAGCUUCGACUGGAACCACCUGCUGAUAGGGACAAGAGACCUGAUAUUCCAGAAUGCGAGACUCCAAACAAAAUAGACGAGAAAGACCUAAAAUUUCCUACAGUAAAACAGAGAAUGCCAAAAGCCCUCUGGUCUACUGACGAAAAGAACUUGUUCUUCGAGGCUCUGAAUGAGUAUGGGAAGGAUUUUGAUGCCAUUACUGCUUACAUCUGCGCUAAGAUGAAGAAGAAAGGCAUGCCUGAUGUCAACCUGAAGACUAAGACACAAGUCAGUCACUUCUACUACAGGACAUGGCAUAAGCUGUCUAAACAUGUGCACUUUGAUGAGAAUGUAAAGAAAGUGGCUCAAGAGUUAUACGCGUUGAUAAACUACGGGGAGCUUCGCAAGAAGUUGGUUUCCGUGAACGAGAAGACGUGCGCUCGGCUCGGCGACAUGGUGCUGUGUGGCAGUAUCGUAGUGCGCGCGCGCGGACGCAACCUACGGGUGCGCACGCCCAUGUGUCGCGCGCUCAGGAGGCUUAAUCAAAUCACUGAGCGUGCGUGCGGCGCGCGCGUGUGUUCCCGCGCGCAGGUGGUGCUGCGCGCGCGCGACGCGCUGUCGUGGGCGCGCGUGCAGGCCGCCGCGCACAACCCGCGCGCCGCGCUCGCCCUGCCGCUGCGGGCGCGCCUGCACGCGCUCAUACGCGCGCUGCAGCACCGCUGGAGGGAAACUUCUACGUUCAAGCACAAGAUGUGUGAUAGCAUAGAGAUAAAAGCAGAAGACACGCAGAAGGAGGUAGAAGAUUGCCCAUGUAUGGAGGAGAGUGAACCAAAUAGAGAACUGGAGGAACAUCUCAACUUGGAGACUGACAGGAUCAUUGUACAAGAACAAAAGGCCCCAAAGAAGCUGGCCCUCCACGUGGGCCCCAGGCCGGGGGCCGACAUCCACCUUCCAGUGAUCAGUCCUAGUGAACAGCUCUCCAGCCAGAAAAUAUGUUUCUCCUCAUAUCUUGAACGAAUGGGAUCGCAAAGGGACAAGGAUGGCGGCGCAAAAAUACGUACACCGAAACGUCAGCGAAAAGACAGCUCCACAGACAAGGAUAAAGAAGAACAGAAGAAGUUCAAAAUGGAUGACUCCGACAAACUUAUCAAUAUAGAAGAAACUGCCAUUGACGGUAUAGAACUUAUGGCCAACUAUAAAAUAUUACAAGAAGAUGAAGAGAAACCAAGCACAGAAGACGAGAAAGACCGAGAAAUCGCAGAAGAUGACGCUGGGUACCUGCCAGAGAGAGACAAGGAUAUGUCAGAGAGAGAAAAAGAUAGUUUUUCAGAAAUGGAGGAUGAUGAGAAGUAUAAUAAGAGCGACACGGACAAUGAAAGUGAUCACGGGAAAGAUAAAAACGGGAAGGAUACUCAGUUCAAGAAUUUAAAGGUAAAAUUCCGUAUUCGUCCAAAGAAGCGUGGCGGCAGUAUCUAUACUCUAGUCAUGGAUAAGGAUGCAGAGGAACCUAAGAUCGAGGAGUCGAAGGUCGAGGAGUCAAAGGUCGAGGAGACGAAGACGGAGGAGCCGAGUAAGGAGGAGGAGGUCAAGCCAGAUAUUGAUGUAGACCUCGCUCUACGACAGAUCAGGAAGGGAUGGAGUGCGUCUGAUGCAGGAGACCUUACUAUUGGCGACUUGUAUCUUAUGUUCGGUUCACGAUCUAAGCUAGAAUUAGAUUACUGGUGGGCGGAACCGACACCACCUUUACCGCAGCCACAAAAGUCAUCCAUACCCGUACCGACCUUACUGACGGAUAAACGCGACAAGUCGGAGAAAUCCGAUAAGAUGUCUGACAAAGGAGCCGACAGUUCAGUAGAAGAUGAGAAAGAGAGAGCUAGAGAGAGUGACAAUGAUAUUCUUUCUCCGAAGAACACGUACAGCCAGGACAGUAACGAUGGAAUGUCGGGAGACGAGAGAAAGUGUGAGCAGUUGGCCUCCCCGGACCACAAGUCGUCGUCAGGCGGCGGCGCCCUGAAGCUGGUCAGCAAACUCAUCAACAGGCCACAGGCACCACAAACACAACAGACCGGAUUCGCUGUCAUGAGUGACAGGUUACGUCGGCUACUGUGUCUAGUCGGCAACCCCCACGUGGGGGGCGCGGGGGCGGCGGCGGGGGGCGCGGCGGGGGCGCGCUGUCGCUGCCCGGCCACCUGCCCGCGGCGGACACACCAACACACGCUGGCCCUGCCGCUACUGAAACCGCAGCAGUCGACGUCCCCCGCGGCGGACAUGGCGGGCGCAGUGUUCCGGCAGCCCAUACCCAUCGCACCGCGGCCUGGAGCAGAGUUGGCCCAGUCCGAGAUCCAGUGGGAAGGCCUGCCCCGCUGGCGGCGCGGCCGGCCUCGCCUGGCCGACCGCCGCGUCGUCGUACAGAGGCUACUGCCGCUACUGCCCAAACUGCCGGCCAAUGAGUAUUCCGCCCCAGACAGUCCGGCGGUGGGUCCAGUGAAGAAGGUGUCGGCCCCGUCGUCCCCGCCGCCGCCGCCGCGACUCCUGCCUAAACCACCGCUACUCACGCAAGAUAAUAGCGUGUCGACGAUAGUGUACGUGGUGAGCGAGUCUAACGGCCAGUACUUCUUCCACGACGGCAACCGACGCAUACCCAUCGUGCCGGAGAAACCACUGCACCAACCUAUCCUCAUCAAAAAAGAAUGUCCAUCGGAAGACUUGAAGACGAAUGGCAACGGAGUGCAGGAGCCAGGCCUCAGUCCGGAGGGAGGGGACGAGGGGGACAAGGGGGAGGGGAACAAACAGGAACACCCUGGCGGCACUACUGUACCACCGGAGUUCCUGUCGUCCGAGUCGAUGUCCCUGUCCCCGUCCCGCCUGCUGCACGACGCGGAGGGCUGGCUGGACGCCGCCGACCACGACUUCUCACUCACCAGCUUCCUCGGACACCUCGAGGGGAGACCCAACGUGGACUCCCACUUACAAUCUCUAAUGGCGGAGUCCAGCGUGGACUACGUCGCCAAGUUCGCAGACUUAGCUGCAGAGGUCACUGACGAACCAGACCAGGCUAGUGAGGAACCCACGUAG